AUACGUGAACUUCAGCAGACGUUAACCACAGACUAGACCAUGAGCUACAUCUGAAAACACUGCGGGCUGUGUUUGAGUCAGAAAAAUGGCUUUAUUUUUUACAUUUAUUACCGAAACCUAGCUAAAUAGCUGACGCUAGCUAACCUAGCGUUAGUUAAUCACUCAACUAACCUACAGACUGUUCCAGAUCAUCUCCAGUCUCACCAAAACAAGGAACUUUAUUCACCAUGUCAAAAUUCAACUUUAGUUUCAGGAGAAGCGAGCGGAGGGCAUUUAAGCACAUAGCUCAUGGCUUGAUCCCUGCUGCCACCAUUGCCCCCCGACCUGCUGUUCCCCGCACCCCUCCCCCUCGCAGCCCCAACCCCUCGCCAGAGAGACCAAGAUCUGCUCUGGCAGCGGCCAUAUUAACGUCCUCCUUAAUGGGACGCACUGUUGCCAUCCCCCCUGCCCGCCACCGGUCAUACUCUGAGAGCGACUGUUCACACACAGACAGCCAAGCUGGGUUUGAGCCUUACGCCAGCACUGCCCUCUACACCAGAGAUCAGUGGCCAGAUCCUGUGGCAAGCAGACCUCGCAUGCCCUCUCCACAACCUGAUGAUGAUAGUUAUGAUGAUGAUGAAGAUGAUGAGGAGUUAGAGAUAGAAGAAAAUGUGGAAAGGAAUGAAAGUCAUGUGUACCAGACCCUAGAAAGACAGAGCAGAGGUCCAGAUGUGGAGGCUGUUUAUGCCACACCAUUAAAGAAGGCCUCGUCUCACUCUCAUCUGGACGACGAUACUGACAACUCUGCAUUUGAUACUGUCUCUCCUUUAAACACUGAAGAGGAAACGGAGGUUGAGGAAGGAACAACUAAAAAGCAGCCUUCACCAUCAGCAUCACCAUCACAGGCAAGACCCUUGUCCUACAGAGGCAUGGCAUCUCCAGAUCUGAAAGAAGACCUGAGCAGUCAGUCUCCAAACUCUCCCACAACCAGCACUCCCAAGAGGAAGACCUCGAUGUUGAAGAAGAGUCCAGUGAGAGUCAGAGAGAGGGACAAUAGAUCAGAGGCAAAUGAGGUGUACCGCUGUGCUGUGGAGCUUCAGCAGGAGCUGGUGCAGGGGCUGAGGGCACAUACUCAGACUCUGGCUGCUGAGAAGGAGGUGCUGGAGAGGAAAUGCUCAGAGCAAAGCCAACAAAUCCUGCAGCUUCAGCAGCAGCUCACACACUCCCCCAGGGAGAGGAAUAACUCCACAGGUGAGAUCUCUGAGCUGCUGAGUUUGAGGCAGCAGGCGCAGGAGCUGGUGGAUGAAAACGACGGGUUGAAGAUGACUGUGCAUCGCCUCAACGUGGAGCUCAGCAGAUACCAGGCCCGAUUUAGACCACUCACCAAGGAGGAGUCUUCAAGGAAUGGUGGCUUACCAGUGAAAGGACCAGCUCCUCCAUGGCUGCUGGAUAUGAAAUAUUUAUCACCGCUUUUAAUGGCUUAUGAAGACCAGCUGACUGAGAGAGACAAGUUACUCAAGUCCUGUGAGGAAGAAGUGAAGAAGUUGAGGGCAUGCUCGGAGGAGGUGAUUCAGGAGAACCAGAGACUUCAUACAGAACUCAGCAAGAGGAGCAGCGUCAGUAAUAAAGAAUGGAGGCAGUUGCAGGACCAGGCACGGUUAGUGUUGGAGGAGAAUGAGGUGCUGAUAGAACAGCUGGAGCUGCAGCACACUAAAGCCAAGGAAACACAUGCCAAACACACUCAGGAAGUCUGCAAGGUGUCAAAGCAGUUGAUGUUGUUGGAGGCAGAGAAGCAGGGUCUGGAGGCAGAGUUACAGACGGCACAGAAGGAACUUCACACGCUGAAGGUGGAGUUCCAGAAAACUAGCUCCACACUGAAGAACUCAGUCAGCCUGUUGGAACACAGCUCUACCACAGACAAACUCAAACGCCAAAUGGAAGAAGAGGAGAGGAUGAAGAGCAGUGAGAUAGAUGAGCUGCAGGUGCAUGUGAGCGCCUUGCAGGCUGAGAAGAGAGCGCUGCUGCUGGAGAAAACUAACCUGAGCGCAGAUGUCAAACACCUGGAGAGCGAGCUAGAGCUAGCACGCCAAGCUAACAGGAAGGCUCAGAGGCGUACAGAUCUUCUGAAGCAGCAGAUUGAAGACUCUCUAGAGAAGGAGCUGAUAGCUCAUCAGUACCUCGCCAGUGUUGUCACACUCGCAGAGAAAACCACGCAUGAGAGAGAUCAGCUCAUUCACAUGGCCUCGUGUUUAGAGAAGGACAAGCAGGGUGUUCUUACCCGCAUCAUCGAGGGCACCGUCCGCCUCGGAAAACUGCAGGAAAAGGUCAAGGUGUUCAAGCAGCAGGCGCGGGCGGGUGUGUGUGCGCUGGGCCGGCGCUUGCAGGAACAGGAGCAGGACUUUGCAGGCAAAGCGGCGAGUUUCCAGCGCGAGAUCCAGCACCUGCAGGCUCAGCUCAGAGAACGACAAGAUCAACUCCACGGCGCGCUGCAGCAGAAGAGAGCAGCAGAGAGUGAGUUGGAGGUGGUGUGGGAAGCAGCUACGAGAGAGAAUCAGCACCUGCAGAGUGUUGUGAUGGGGGUCAGCAGGGCAGACGGCUCUCUGAGUCCGGUCACUGUACCUCCUGCUCUGGGCUGCACUGACCUCUCCCCGGCGUGGACUCUGCGUCUGCUGGACAGUCUGGACCAAGCUGACCGGGCUCCCAGCACAGCGCCACCUCCCUUCAGCUCCAGACACAACAGCGGCCUCCCAAUUCCUGUCCAGCACAGUCCAGUGUACGAAUCUGACAACCCCUCAUCUGACGAGAGCCAAAAGAACGGACUGGACUUCUAUUCCUGAUCUGUUUGUAUGAAAAAAAGCAAACAGUAAACACUGAAUGAGGCCAAAGCACAUUUACAGACUACAGACAUCACCUAGUGAUGUAUAUGGUGGCCAUGUUGGAUUCUGUUUCUGCAUCUUUGAUCUCGUAGCUUUGCUCCCCGCUGUGAGCUCUGCCUGCUUUAAAGGAUUGACUCGCCAACGCUUACACAUUCAUAUUUACUAUAAAAUUAGUUUUAGUUUACAUAUUUUACCAUAAGAUAUGACAUCCUUUUUACCUUUAUUAUGGAGGAACGGAUCACUGAUUAUCCAUAUUUGCCUGGCAGUAAUUUACAAACCAUAGCUAUGUAAUUUUGUCAUGGAACAUUUUAAAUGGAAUACUCACCCCAAUUGGAUGCUUUAUAAAAAGUGACUAAAUGCAAAUCUCAGUACUAUUUCAUGAAAAACAUUGACUCAUUCAGAACUUUAAGAUGGUAGCUACAUAUCUCAUUAAAGUUGGGAUGGGGCAGCGAAAGGCUGGAAAAAAAGAAGUGGUACUAUUAAAAACUGCAAUAGCUGCAAUAAAAGCAAUUUUGUGUAAAAAGAGCAUUUUAGAGAUACAGAGAUUUUAAGACGGCAAAGACGGACAGAGGUUCAACAGUCUGUGGAAAAAAGAACAAAAAUGUUCAACAUAAAAUUGUAAAAACUUUGAAUAUCCCACUAUCUACAGUAAAUAAUAACAUUUAUUAUAACAGGUAGAAAUCCCUGUUCGCAUGGGAGAAGCCUCUAAUGGUCAAUAUUAAAUGCUGUUGAUCUUUGGGCCCUCAGGUGGCACUGCAUUAAAAAUAGACAUGAUUCUGUACUGGAAAUCGAUGCAUGGACUCAUGAGCUCUUCAAGAAAGUUCACAAUACUAACCAAAAUGUUGAAAAUAAAGUUGUAUCAUUAAAAUUUUAUUAUUCUAAAUCCAUAACAGUUUUCUAUUUUGCCUUACUUUGUUUUAAAUUGGCUUUAGGCCAGAGAAGAAGACCCUGUUUCUGCACGAUAUUGAUGUGUAGAUGAGAAGAAAAUGUAUUCGUAGCAGUGUGAUUUCCUGCGGCAGACGCGCUGAUUCUUGCUGGAUAAGUAGGUUUAGCUACUGCAGAGUGGUGUCCUUGAGAGAGUAGGACAGAGGUUGAUUGAAUGUACUCCUCUCUCCACAGAUAAAGUACAGAGGUCCAGAUUGUUGCCUGAGAUUAUCAUCUUAAUUUAAUGAUCCUGUCUGAACGAUAUGCUAAUGUUGUUUUUGCUUAAUUACAGAAGAUGAGGAGAGUAGUAAAGUAAUUAACUUGAUGUUUUGACGAGAUAUAAAUGUCUUAAAAGCUUGUGUUAUCAUCUGAAGACCAAAGAUAUAACAUGCUUAACAUUAUGAGACGUCCAUAUAAAGAAAUGUUGUCUUUUC